AUGACCGUGCUAGCCUACAUCAGAAAUCAAGGGCGGACUCAUUCCUUCUCGCUUUACAAAGUGAUCAAUGAUUUCCUAUUAUGGGUACAAGACAUUCGUACCAUCAUUCAGGGCAAGCUAAACGUGCUUAUGGCCGAAUUCAAGUCAUGGCAAACAGGUUCUACCAACAGAAUAGACAACAAAUCUGGCAAGCAGGUUCUACCGACAGAAUGGACACCAAAUCUUUUUUCAGGCAUUUAUGACACAAGCUUGGUGAGGCAUAUUGUUGUGGAUGAGGCUGACUCCUUAUUGGACGAUUCCUUUAGUGAUAUUUUAGUACGUUACAUGUCAAAGUUUCCGAUUCAGGGAUCACAAAAAGAAGAUAGCACUACACCCAUAACAAUGUCAGGCAUUCAACUAACUUUGGUAUCUGCAACAAUGCCCCGCAGCCUUCGUACUAUAUUGGAUCCUUUAGUAAAUUUACAGUCACUACAGAGAAUAGACACGCCAUAUCUCCAUCGUAUCCAACCUCACGUACCUCAACAGUUUCUUCGUGUAAAUAAUGUUACCAAAUCAGCAAAACUUCUGGAGUUAGCUGAAAAAUGUAAAACACGAGGAAUACCAGUCAUAAUAUUUAGCAAUUUUGGUAAAACUUCUGAUUGGCUGUCACUCUUUCUUAAUGAAAAUGGUAUACCAUGUGUCAACCUAAACGGAGAAAUGCCUGCAGUUAUCAGAAAUGAUCAAUUUAGAAAAUUCCAGGAUGGAGAAGUCAUAGCAUUGUCUUGUACAGAUUUAGCAUCCAGAGGCUUAAACACAACUAGGGCUGGCCAUGUCAUAAACUUUGAAUUUCCACCAAUCAUUUCUGAUUAUAUUCAUCGCUGUGGAAGGAUUGGGAGAGUAGGAACUCUCACAGGCAUGGUUACAACUGUUCACAGACAAGGAGAAAUUGAAUUGGUUAAGAAAAUUGAGUAUGCUGUGAGGAAAAGUGAGGAGUUCCAUAAUGUGAAUGCUAAUAUAAAAAGAAUUUUAGUCAAUAAUGCUGUUAAGGAUGGGGAAUUGAUAGAAUGAUAUAACAAAAUUCUGGUAACUUGUAUAAAAGCAAAUGAAAUAUAAAAUGUUAUUGUCUGUGUAAAUAAAAGUUUAUACUUUCGUCUCAA